CAGACAGCAAUAUUUAUCAAAAGUACUUUGUUUUAGUUUAGGAAGGAAUCAACUUAUAGUGUAAAAAGGAAAAGACUUGAGAUCAGCUUUAUGCCAGCUGAAAUCUGACAUGGAAAAAACUGGAGUGGAUUACAAAUUGCUGUUUGAAGAUUUACAUCAAAGGCAGACCAAACUUUGCUUGAGACAAUAAUUUGGAUCUAAAUACCGUUGUUGGACAUCACCUACCAGUGAAAAAUACAAGUGGAAAAAACAGUAGAUAUUUUCUAUUUUGAAAGAUACUAGCACCAAAAGAUGGCUCUUUGGAAAGUGAAGUUUGACUUGAAAAAACGGGUAAAACUGGCCCAGAUGCUAUGGCUCAUGUAUUGGGUGUCUAUCAUGGCUGGAGUGCUUGUCUUCAGCAUGGGCCUUUUCUUCAAAAUUGAACUGAGGAAGCGAAGUGAGCUUAUGGACAACAAGGAAAGCCACUUUGUGCCCAACCUGGUAAUUAUUGUGGGACUGUUAGCCUGCGGCAUCAGUGCCUUUGGAGGCAAGAUCUGCUAUGACUCAUUGGAUUCUUCUAAGUUUACGAAGUGGAAGACAAUUAUAAAGCCAUUCCUUAUCUUCUGUUUGCUCUUCAAUGCUAUCCUCAUCUUCACAGCACUUUUGUGCUUUGCCAUGCGUAUCCCUCUACAGUUUACCCUGGCAGAAGGCCUGAAGAAUGGCAUGAAAUACUACAAGGACACAGAUGUACCUGGUCACUGCUACAUGAAGAGAACGCUAGACCUAAUGCAGAUGGAGUUUCGUUGUUGUGGAAACAACAACUACAAAGACUGGUUUGAGAUCCAGUGGAUUAGCAAUCGCUACUUGGACUUCAGCUCUAAAGAAGUCAAAGACCGAAUUAGCAGCAAUGUUGACGGGCAAUAUUUGUUGGACGGAGUCCCUUUCAGCUGCUGUAAUCCCAGCUCCCCAAGGCCCUGCAUUCACUACCAAGUCACCAACAACUCUGCUCACUACAGUUAUGACCACCAUAGUGAAGAACUGAACAUCUGGACAAGUGGCUGCAGGGAAGCUCUAGUUUUCUACUAUGGUGGACUGAUGAACACUAUUGGUGUGCUGGUGUUAUUGGUUACUAUUCUUGAGGUUGCUGUGAUGGUGGGACUACAGUAUGUGAACACGUCUCUAUCCACACUGGUCAACCCAGAAGACCCUGAGAGUGAAAGUGAGGGGUGGGUCCUGGAGAAAACAGUCAAGGAAACCUUCACAGACAUCAUAGCCAAAAUGAAGGCAAUGGGGAAAGGCAAUCAGGUGGAAGAGGGGGUGGAAGUGCAGGCAGUUUCCACAGUGAGCUGAAUAUGCUAUGCUGAUUGAACAUUGACUACUCCAUUCCUACCAAAGUAGGAAUGCCUAUCUGACAUUAUACAGCAUGAAGAUCAAGUCAGCUGCAUUCUAUAUGGUUUAAUAUAAUCAUUUGAAGAUAAAGCUACAUAAUGAAACUUACGAAAGUAAUGUGAACCCAAAUCCAAAUGGAAAUGUAUUUUUACAGUACCUGAAACCAAUUUUUAAAAAAAUGUUGUGCUUCUUUUUCAUGCUAUAUAUUUUCCAGACAUCAUUUAUUAGUCUAUAAUCCAUUACAAACGUACCCAGUCAUCUUGGUGUUUCUGUGUAUGGUUUGUGGACAGCUGGUUUUACACACAAAGCACUUUUUAAAAACAAAUACUAUAACCCAACUAAGUUUCCAAUAUAUAUGGUUACUCUGUCUCUCCAUUUAAACUGAUAAGACUAAACUGGUGUGUGCGAUGUUGUGGAUUACUAUGUCUAACAGUGUAUUAAGAUUUGUUCUCAAUGGUGUAGGAAUUCCUGACCUGUAGAUUGGAUUGUAGUGUGUAUGGAGAAAAAAAAAAUUACAUACAGUACUGUGCAAAUGUUUUAGGCACCCUAUUUUUUUUAGUACAAACUUUGGAAUUUUUUUAUUUUAUGACUUCUACAUUAUCAUGUUAGUACAAAAAACAUUUUAGAUUCCAAAACAUUACUUUUCUAGCACAAAAUUAAAUGUUACAGAAAAAUGUUUGAAUGUCAUUAAUGAAAGCAGAAUAUUAAGUGGUAAGAUAACACUUUUCAGACGAAAAACACAGUGAAGGCUGCUGGGUUUUCCUGCAAAAAUACGAAGCAAGUGUCAAAGUCAAAGUCUCCAGAAGAACCGUGGCUGGUUCUGCAAGAUGCUCAAUAAACCUUACAGCUCAUUUCCUUAUAAAUCUGCACAAAUUGUACAAGAGACUACUAUUUUUAUUUUAUUUUUUUCACACCAAAUAUUGACUUUGUGUCAUUUACUACUGUUUACUGCUCUUUACGUAAUUUUCUUUUAUGUAGAAACAUUUAAUUUCAUUAUUUUGAAUACAUCUUUGCUCUAUAGCAUUUCUUUGCACGUGCCUAAAACUUUUGCACAGUGCUGUACAUUAAACUUUAACGUGUGUCUUUUAUACAAAAGAAGGCACAUUACAAAUAAUCCAAAUCCUGUGCUGGUCAGAGUAAUGUGUGUUGUAGUGCAUGAGUAAAGCAUUACAAGAAACUAGCUACACACAUCAUUCCUUGCCUCCACUUUCUCUAGUGAGCAAUACUGGUUUAACAUGCAGAAUAAACAUGCGUCAUUUGCUUAAAAAUACAACUCAGUGAGCAACCAUACAUACAAAUCGAGUAACAUAGCAACUACAAGUCUAUCUGAUAUCUUUUAAAUAUAUAUUUAAAUGAGAGUGUACCUACUGUAGAUCCUUAUCAGCUUCCAUCACUUUGCUGGUUUAACUGGUACAACACUUCUGUAGUGCUAACAGUGAAGUAAAAUAUAGAAAAAAAUGUUCAAAUAGUUAUAGAUAUUGACUUUUUUGACACAUAGAUACAAGAAAUAUAAAUUUUAUCAUUCUCAAAAUACCCUUACUGCAACAGAUCUUUGACCUGAGACCUCUGAACUUUGUAUGGUUCACCUGGUUUGUGUCCCCAUCCUUUAAAAAUGAAAUGUUUUCAUACUUUUCUGUGAGCAGUCACAAAAGACUCAAACAUAAAGGUACUCAUAUCUUUGUAAACAGUGUAGAGUUCUAGGUUUCUUUACUUUUCUAAGUGUACAAGUGAUUAAAUGUGAACAAAUCUUAAUUAAAAUAUGUGGUAGUGUUUAUGUAUAUUACAUGUUGCUGUAAAUAAAAUGUAUCAG